CUCACUCUUAUACAAGACCUUUAUGAAACAUUUUCAAAGUAUAAACAGAGACACGGCUCCAGCAGCAGAGAAACCACAAACACCUCCAGCUUUUCCAGGGUCUUUACACAUAUUGUGACCAUGCUUUCACACAGGUCAGAUAAUUUGUUGGAGGCUGCUCUGUUCGUUCUGCUGGCAGUGUGUCAGCAAUGUGUCUCAGCUGACAUUUCGGCUCCACCAGAGGUCAUGCUGCACAAUGGCUCCAUGUAUGCAGCCUGCAAACUAAGACCCAUCACGUCACUACCCACCGGCGUGCCCAGAGUGUACGGCCACGUGCUGUUUAAACAGGAUUACCCUAACGGAAAACUCCAAGUCAUCUUCCGGCUGAAAGGUUUCCCCAAAGAUGUCACUCCAGAGCCGUCCAGAGCCGUGCACAUCCACCAGUACGGUAACCUGAGCAAAGAAUGUAUUGCCACCGGUGGCCACUACAAUCCAAGUGAUGUGCAUCAUCCUAAACACCCAGGGGACUUUGGGAACUUUCAACCCCAGGGAGGAAAAAUCAACAUGUUAAUGGAAGCCGAAGCCACGCUGUUCGGAGGGCUGUCCGUGAUUGGAAGGGCAGUGGUGGUGCACGAAAAGAUGGAUGACUUGGGCCUCGGUGGAGAUGCUGGGAGCCUGCUGCAUGGAAACUCAGGUCGCAGGAUUGGCUGUUGUGUUAUUGGGAUUUACCCACCCAAUCUGUGGAAUAUGUAUCAUGAGCAGUUUAAAGCAGUCAACUGAAGGGAAAUUAGUGCCAAAGUCUUGCUACAUACUAUAAAUCAUUCCACAGAUUUUGCCUUUGCGUUACAUUCUGUGUCUGAUUAUCAAAUGUACUAAAGACGACAAUAUUCCUAUGUCAAUGCCAUUACUUUUUGGUUGGUACAGCCAUUUGAAUGGAUUGAAAAUAAAUAAGAUACAAACAUU